UGGAUCGUUUGUGAUGUGUCAAAUUGGAUUUCGUCAACAAAUAACGUCAUGUUGUACGUGGUUAUGAGGCGAAGUCAAGUAAAAGAACUUUACACUUGUUGACACGUAUGACAGUUGUGGGACUUGGUGUUGUGCGUUUUUACGAUAUUUAUUAAAGUGACAGAUAAUAUUACAAUGCUUAAGGCAGUGAUAUUGAUUGGAGGGCCUCUUAAAGGCACACGUUUCAGGCCACUUUCAUUGGAUCUUCCAAAGCCACUAUUUCCUGUAGCUGGAUUGCCCAUGAUUCAACAUCACAUUGAAGCAUGUACAAAUGUUCCCAAUUUGAAAGAAAUUUUAAUAUUGGGUUACUACCCUGCUUCUGACCUUGCUCAGUUUGUGAGUGAAAUGAUACAGGAAUAUAAAAUUAAUAUUAGGUAUCUUCAAGAAUUUACGGCGUUGAGCACAGCUGGGGGAAUAUAUCAUUUCAGAGAUCAAAUUCGAUGUGGAAAUCCAGAAGCAUUUUUUGUCAUGAAUGGUGAUGUUUGUGCUGAUUUUCCAUUAGUGGAAAUGCUUAAUUUUCACCAUCAAAAAGGAGAUAGAGCUCUAGUUACAAUAUUGUCAACAGAAGCUACAAGACAACAAUCUUUGCAUUAUGGUUGCAUUGUUCUAGAUAAAGAUACAUCUGAAAUCAAACAUUAUGUUGAAAAACCAUCAACCUUUGUGUCAACAUUAAUUAACAGUGGAGUCUACCUAUGUUCUGUGGAAAUAUUUCAAACUAUAGCUGCUGUUUUUAACAGCAGGCAACAGGAAUAUUAUGAUGGUGGAGUGAAUGGAAGAGACACAGCAGUUAUUCAUCUAGAGCAAGAUGUAUUGAUGCCCCUUGCUGGUACUGGUCGUUUGUUUGCUCUUCAAACGAAUAACUGGUGGUCACAGUUAAAAACAGCAGGAUCUGCAAUAUAUGCCAAUCGCCAUUAUCUAGAAUUAUACCGCAGAAGACAUCAAAACAGACUGGCAUUACAAGUAACUGAGUCUGGUGACCGUAAACAAUGCACUGUAAUUGGCGAUGUGCAUAUUCAUCCUACUGCAAAUGUUCACUCUUCCGCUGUGUUGGGUCCUAAUGUCAGCAUUGGGAGUGGAGCAGUGAUUGGGCCUGGUGUUCGUAUUCGGGAAUCUAUAGUGUUGUCAGGGGCUCAUAUUGCAGAUCACAGUUUAGUGCUUCACAGCAUUGUUGGUCGUGGCAGCAAAGUUGGGCAGUGGAGUAGGGUGGAAGGAACACCUUGCGAUCCAAAUCCAAACAAACCAUUUGCAAAAAUGGAAAACCCUCCUUUGUUUAACUCAGAUGGGCGUCUUAAUCCAUCAAUUACAAUAUUAGGUUGCAGUGUAACAGUUCCAUCUGAAGUUAUUCUUCUGAAUUCCAUUGUUCUGCCAUACAAAGAACUGACUAGAAGUUUCAAAAAUGAAAUAAUUCUUUGAAUUUCUGCAAGAUACCACCAUUAUAUGGAUGCCACACGUGAAUGCACAAAAUAAAGAAGUCAUUGAAAAUUGAAACUUUGGACUUGUCAAAAAUGUAUUGUCAUUUUUAUUUUCAGUAAGAUAAUAUUAUUUAUUUGAUGUUGUUAAAACAUGUACUACAAAUAAUGAUUGGAAGCCACGAAGUUACUAAAUUGGUCUUGUUACCAGAUAUAUUAGACUAAAUAAUAUAUAUUGAACAGUUCAUUGACUGUAAUAUUGCUGAGGUUUGCUAGUCUGUAAGUAACACACAAAUGUUGUUGAGCAUGCAGAGAAUAUAUACUGCUGAUUAGUUUUACAUUUUGUUAGUGGAAAUAAAGAACAAAUUUGUUCUAAUUACUUUUAUAAGUCUCGUCAUUAAAUAUUUCAUAAUUGUAAGGUUAAUCAUGUUCAAUAGGUUGUCAGUUUGCAGCAAAAGACCAAUAAGCUUUUUUUAAUUCUCCAAGAAAAAGCAGCUUAAUACUGAAAAUCCUAAUAAUUCUUACUAGUGCUACUCAAAAUUUCUUAAAGUUCAUACAUUUCUCUCAUACAAAGAAAAAGUGCUCAUGUUUUUGUGGGUUUAGAUUGUCCUCUAGAACACUAGGAAUGAAAAUGUAUAUUGUUUUUCUCAAAAUGGCACUAGGUCUAUUGACACAAUUAAGCCAAAUAAAAUAUUAAUUUGUAAACAUAUAACCAAAGUUUGAAUGUUAGAAACAAACAAAGAAAUAUGAAAUAACAUACAAAUUCUAACUUUCAUAGCAUCCAACUGCUUCCAAGCACUUCUCAAAUGCAAUUUCAUAAAGCUCGGGAAAUUCAAAGUGGGCUACUAUAUUUGAUGGCAAAUUGCCUUAAAAAAAAUUUAAAAAAAAAAAAAAAAAUGUAAAAAACAAAAAAAAACCUUAUAUUUUAGAAAAAUUGAACCUGAUAUUACAUGAUCUGUUUUUAAUGAACAUAUUUUAUUAAAAUAAAAUGAUCUUCAUAUUUGUUAUUAUGGAAAGAGUGAAUUUAUGUAAUUU